ACGCGCCGGCGUGCGCGCCGCCGCUGCCUCUCUCUCCCUGCCUCCCUCUCUCUUCUCUCUCUCUCUCCCUACCGUGGUAGCAGGAGCAGCGCGGGCGGCGGGGCUGGAGCGUGGCUGAGGCGGCCAUUCCUACCGAGCGAGAGAGAGCGCAGCGUGUCCCCCCCGGGCUCAGUCGCGCACAGGAGAUGCCCUCGGCUACCAACAGCACCAUGGCGAGCAGCACCACCGGCAGCAGCACCGGCAAAGCGGGACCGGGCAGCGAGGCUGCCCCGGCGGCGGCGGCCCCGCAGGCGGCGGCGGGUGUGAACAUCACCACGGUGCAGACCGAGGCCAUGAAGCAGAUCCUGGGGGUCAUCGACAAGAAGCUGCGCAACCUGGAGAAGAAGAAGAGCAAACUUGAUGAUUACCAGGAACGAAUGAACAAGGGAGAACGUCUGAAUCAAGAUCAACUGGAUGCAGUGUCAAAGUACCAGGAAGUGACAAAUAAUCUGGAAUUUGCUAAGGAACUGCAGAGGAGUUUUAUGGCUCUGAGCCAAGAUAUCCAGAAGACAAUAAAGAAGACGGCUCGCAGGGAGCAGCUGAUGCGCGAGGAGGCCGAGCAGAAGCGUUUGAAGACGGUGCUGGAGCUGCAGUUCAUCCUGGAGAAGCUGGGGGAUGAUGAAGUGCGCAGUGACCUCAAACAGGGAUCCAACGGGGUGCCAGUGCUGACAGAGGAGGAGCUGACCAUGCUGGAUGAGUUCUAUAAGCUGGUUUACCCUGAGCGAGACAUGAACAUGAGGUUGAAUGAGCAGUAUGAGCAAGCAUCUGUUCACCUGUGGGACUUACUGGAAGGGAAGGAAAAACCAGUUUGUGGAACAACCUAUAAAGCACUGAAGGAGGUUGUUGAACGCAUUCUUCAGACCAGUUACUUUGACAGCACCCACAACCACCAGAAUGGGCUGUGUGAGGAAGAGGAGGCAGCACCUGCACCUGCAGUAGAAGACACUGCAGCAGAGGCUGAACCUGAUCCAGCAGAAGAAUUUACUGAACCAACUGAAGUUGAAUCAACUGAGUAUGUAAACAGACAAUUCAUGGCAGAGACUCAGUUCAGCAGUAGUGAGAAGGAACAGGUAGAUGAGUGGACAGUUGAAACGGUUGAGGUUGUAAAUUCCCUGCAGCAACAGACGCAGGCGACAUCUCCUCCCGUCCCGGAACCUCACGCACUCACUGCUGUGGCUCAGGCAGACCCCCUGGUCAGGAGACAGCGAGUACAGGACCUCAUGGCACAGAUGCAGGGCCCCUACAACUUCAUGCAGGACUCGAUGCUGGAAUUUGAGAACCAAACGCUUGAUCCUGCCAUUGUAUCUGCACAGCCCAUGAACCCAGCCCAGAGUUUGGACAUGCCCCAAAUGGUUUGCCCUCCAGUUCAUGCUGAGUCAAGACUUGCCCAGCCUACCCAAGUUCCUGUGCAACCAGAAGCUACACAGGUUCCCUUGGUUUCUUCUACAAGUGAGGGAUAUACAGCUUCCCAACCCAUGUAUCAGCCUUCUCACACAGCAGAGCAACGGCCACAGAAAGAAUCAAUUGACCAGAUUCAGGCUUCCAUGUCCCUGAAUGCAGACCAGACCCCAUCCUCAUCAUCACUUCCCACUGCAUCCCAGCCACAGGUGUUCCAGGCUGGAUCCAGCAAGCCUUUGCAUAGCAGCGGAAUCAACGUCAAUGCAGCUCCAUUCCAAUCCAUGCAAACAGUAUUCAACAUGAAUGCACCUGUUCCUCCUGUGAAUGAGCCAGAAACCCUUAAGCAGCAAAACCAGUACCAGGCCAGUUACAACCAGAGUUUCUCCAAUCAACCUCACCAAGUAGAACAAUCAGAUCUCCAGCAAGAACAACUCCAGACAGUGGUUGGUACCUACCACGGUUCCCCAGACCAGAGUCACCAAGUGGCAGGAAACCACCAGCAGCCUCCCCAGCAGAGCUCUGGAUUUCCCAGGAACAGCCAGCCUUACUACAACAGCCGGGGCGUGUCCCGGGGGGGAUCCCGCGGGGCCCGGGGCCUCAUGAACGGCUACAGGGGCCCAGCAAAUGGAUUCAGAGGGGGAUACGAUGGCUACCGUCCUUCCUUUUCCAACACUCCAAACAGUGGCUACACACAGCCCCAGUUCAAUGCUCCUCGGGAUUACUCAAACUACCAGAGGGAUGGAUAUCAACAAAAUUUCAAACGUGGCUCUGGACAAAGUGGACCUCGGGGAGCUCCUAGAGGUCGUGGAGGGCCCCCCAGACCAAACAGAGGGAUGCCUCAGAUGAAUGCUCAGCAAGUGAAUUAAACACGUUCACAGGAUUCCAUUCAACGCCAAAAACACGCUGGCCAGUGUACAAUACAUGUUACCAGAAGAGUUAUUAUCUAUUUGUUCUCCUUUACAGGAAGUUUGUUGUAAAGGGACUAUUUUCAUUACCCAUAAUGACAGGACUACAGUUGCCAGCUUUAUAUUCCCUGGAUAUUGAAAGGAACAAAACAACGUUUACUCUGCAUGUUCUGUCCUAAGCAUCAUCUUGAGCCUUGCACAUGAGAUUCAGAUUCCUCACCCUUGCUAAGAAUAAAGCAAAAAAGGCAAUUUUCAGGGUGAUCCAAUCUCCAUGGUUAACUGAAGUGGCAGGAAAAAGCAAAGACUCAAUUCUGUCAUUUAAAAGUAAUUUAACAAAAUUCAGAUAAAAUCUGCAAAUUCAUAAAAAUUUUCUGUGGUGGCAGUUAAAAAAACUUAAAUGUUCCCAUGAAAAGAUGGAAAAGGUGAAGUGUGGCUUGGUAGAGCAACUACAUUUCAUCUUUUUCUUACUAAAUCGAAGCACUGAACAGUUCAAGAUGUGUAGUGAUGCAAUUGCCCUGAGUAGACAGGUGGGCUUAGAGGCAGUUUGUGACAAAGAAGAGACACCCUUAGCUGCAGCACUCCUCAUCACCAGGGCCCUGAUUCCUGUGGCUGUGGAGUUAAGAGCGCUUGCAUAACUGCUAAUGUAACUGUGUAAUUAAUUUUUUUUAGGAGACAAGGUGAAAAACUGAAAAAAAGAAAAAAAAAAGCUUUGAUUUGGCACUUGGACAAAAUUUUGCAACAAAUCCUGAGCUAUAAUCUGGAUGGCCACUGUAUAUUUGAUGUGAAGUAUUUAGAUAUCUCUUUGAAACACUUUUAAGUUUCUUUGAUAGCAAUGACUUUUGUAAGGAUUGGUAUUCUCUAUCAUUCCUUAUGACUUGCACAUUGUCUGUCACUAAUACUUGACCUUGCUGUAUUAUCACCUAAAUAACUGAUGCCGGUACUGAUGGAAAUCCCUAAUGGAUAAUCAUAACACUUUUGGUCACAUGUCCUUUUGUCUUUCCUGCAGCCUUGAAGGUUUUAAGAAAUCUCAAAUGCCCGCUGCUGCUGCCCUUCCAAUUGCUGUCUUUUGAAAAGCACCAGUCUGUGUUUGAGUUGAUUUCCCCUUUUCAGGGAAAUGACAGCCAGCAGUUACAGUUCUAAUGGUAUAAGCAAGAUAAAUAAAACAUGUUUAUAAAAAUUGUAUCCUGGAACACUGGUUUUCAACGGCUGAAACAGAUUCAAUGUGAUGGGGUGACAUUUCAUAAGGGUUUUUUUUCUUUCUUUCUUUGGUUGUUUUCCCCUGAUAGUCUCUUUUUCCUGACUAGAUGUAAACCCUCCUGCUGUUUUUCUGAUUUUAUUCUACUAGCUGUGACUUCUGGGAAACUUUUCUUUUUUAUGGACUUUUCCUUUUUUUUUUUUUUUCUUCAUCAAGGCAGCAAUGUAUAAAAGAAAUGGCAUAAGCCUAGGAGCUGGAAAAUACCAAGUCUUAUUCAAGUUUUACUGCAUCCUUGUGGUAUAAUCUUUGGAAAAAUCACUUGUGCCUGCCUUUUGCGCACAUGCACUCUCUCUGCAGUGGGGAGAAUAUUUUGAUAGCUGCCUCCAUAGAGGUGUUGGUAGUUCUGUUGCAUUCUAUAGCACGUGUGAGAAGAAAAGUGCUAUAUUCUCUGUUAAGUAUUGCUCAUCAAAUAAUUCCUACCUGUGGAAAGGUGAAAUUGAGGAACAGCUGCGUGGUGUUUAACUGUUCUGUACAAAACUGAAGGUUGUUUUCACUCAGAGGGUCAUUUCUACUUUGUAUCACAACUGAACUUUCAGAACUUGCAGUCAGAUACUUUUGACUUCGUUGUGAAGCAGUCUGGAACUCCAUCCAAAUAGGUGGGAUAUCACUUUUCCAUGUCCUGUGUGAAGAGCACAAAUGAAAAAUGUUUUCACUGCGAGAAGUGAUAAGCUUGUGAAGACCAUAUUCCACACCAGGCAUCCUGAAACGGGGCUGAUGUCUGGAAGCAGCAGUUUGAGUCAAGGCCUAGAACAUUCCUAAACUGCAGUCCGGUGAGAAGUUGCUGUUCUGUGUCUUUUUUAGGAAGCUAUUACUGAGAUAAUAGUCCCAACUGUUUUUUAACUGGAAAAAAAAAAUAAAAAGACAAACCUUUUAAUGUUGAACUGAUGUAGGAAAACAGUGAAUUAUUUUAAUUAUUUUAUUUUUCUUUAUGCAUCAGCUUUUAAAUGGUUGGUGGAACACAAGCUGCUCAGCUUUUUCCAUUGCACACCAGAUGCUCCUUAAGGAACUAAUUGUAGUUUGUCAGUAAAUGUGCACCAUACUCAAUCAGAGACCUCUGAAUGGAUCAAAACAUUCCACCUUGAGUUUGGGGGGUUGGUUUGGGGUUUUUUCCAACUUGAAUUUAUUAAUAAAACACCAGGCCUCUUCAUAGAGAGACAAAUUUGUAAACCUGUAUGCCAGUAGCCUUUAGAGGAGAGGGAGCCCUUUGAUCUCCACCGUGGUGUAACAAAGUCCUGAGACAUCAGCUGGAGUCACCCUGUGCUCCCAGAGCCCUCGCUGGUCCUCUGGCCUGCUCAGGGCACCUCUCAGCUUUUACUGCAUGGCUUGGCUGUAGUGUGAGCUCCCUCCAGAUCCCAAGCACUCCUAGGUAGGUGUCUUUUGGAAAGGGUCCUGUUUAGAGCAAAGACUAUUGCCUGAAGUUUAUGUUGAAGCAAAGCUGUGGCAGUUUGGGGCUGAGCCCCUUGUGGAUGCGGGGAUGAGCUGUUUGUUCAUGGGCAGCUGGGGUGUGAUCGUGGGGCUGGGACAGGGCUGGGGCUGAGCCUGUUCCAAACCAAACUUCUGCCUUCAGCUUCAUGCUUCCUCUUGGCUGCAAUUCAAGGGAUUCUGAGCAAGUGAUUUUUAAAGCUGAAGUAUUUCAGGUCUUUGUAUGUAUUGUUAUUGUGUCUGAGAAACUUGGAUCCUUCCUAGACAUCCUCCUCAUUGAAAGCUGACCCAGAAAUCAUGAGCUGUUGUGUACCUGAGGCCAGCCUGCUCAUGAAUUUUACUCCUGUGUUUCUGCUGUGCACAGGCUGUUUUCUAAGAACAGUUCACCAGUGCAGCUUAGGGAUUUUGCUGUGGAGAGAGUUCUAAACUUCACUUAACCCCUGUUUUCUUCCCCAGAUCCUGUCUUUUGUAUGCAGCAAUCUCUGAAUCAUCAGGCAGAGUAGUUGGAAGAGGCUUUUGUUACUUAACCAGGCAAUGUAUCCAGCUGGGACUUAACUCUCAGAGAACCUCGUGUCCUAAAAAAUGUGUCUUCUCAAAAUGUCCCACCAACCUUAAGUUUUUAGGAAGAUUAGUUGUGUUCCAGGUCUUUGGAGAAAGGAUUGAGCUUCCCUUUCUCCCAAAUGACAUUUGAGUAGAGAGAAGUUACUGAAGAGACUCUAACUGCAGAUAAAUCCUGCAAAGAUGAUAAAUUAUACUGAAAAAGUUCUUAAAAUUUAUAUGAUUAAGAACAAUUAGGGCAAAAUCUUUGUGGUUCUGCAGAGCAAGAUACAGAACCAGUUGGUUGGAAGAAUCUUGAUGUUCCCCUCACCCUGUUCAUGAGGCUGCAGUCACAUCCUGGGAAAUCCAGACCAUCCCUCUUGCUGAUGUGAAACUGUUCUUGGGUGAAGUUUAUUGUGAAGUAUUGACAGGAUGCUUGAGCUGCAGCUGAGGUUUGUCAGUGUGUAAAGGAGGCUGGUUUAGUUCCUAAAACCUGAGCACCUGUUUCUCCAAUUUUCCAUCUGCACUGAGCAUGGAUGGGACUAAAAGGUUUCCCUUCACUUGAGCUGGCAGCAGGGAAUUGCAGGGAUGUGCUGGGAAGGUGCAGUGCCCCUCACUGAUGGACCAGAACAUCUGGAGAGCAAGGAGGAAAUGAGCCCAGACAACAAAACUCUCCUGUUGAACUCAGAGGACAAUUUCCUUAUUUAAAUCUGGCCUUAAAUAUAUUUGUGAUUAUUGUCUGGAGUUUGCUGGAAGCUCCCUUCUGAUGGUGUUUCUCCUGAAAUGAGAGAAUUUGUUAAAGUGCAUCUGAGCCCUCCAUUGGUCUGGACUGAUCUUGGCCGUUGUGGAGGCAGUGGCACAAUUCAGGGAAGGAGCUUUGGGAACAUUCCCUUCUUUUUGCCAGCACACUCUCAGUCCUGGAGAGGGCUAAUUGCUUAAACUGCAACAUUUUCCUGUUGCCCAAUAGUUUUUGCAGAGGGAGGGAGGUGGGGAAGUCCUUCAGAUGUGUAUUUUUGGUGUGAUGUGGAGAGUGUGAUGAGAAACUUCCUUUUCUAGACUGUUGAUCUAAGGGCAGAGGUGCUAUUCUAUGAACCACUUUCAGAGGCUUUUUGCAUAGAAUGAUAUUAAAAUUUGUGGCUCUCUCGUUCCAGCCUUAAUGGAGGGAAAGAAAUCUAUUUUCCACAAUCCACUUCCUAAAAGCCACUUAGACUAGCAUAUAGGAUAUCUGCAUUAGGAAAACUAGAGGCUAACUUGGCAUUUGGUUCUGAAUUUAACUUUUUUUGUUCUUGCUGCAGUUUUAUUAAAAGCAAGAUUCUUUUCCCCUCUCUUUUUAAUACUCCUAGAAGAGUCAGAAGGGUGUCACUGGCUCAGUUCCAACCCUGCUGGCCCAUUUCUACCCAAGGAAGGAUCAAGAGGACACCUGGAAUUUUGGUCUCAAGCUAAAUCUUAGGAAAUAUCUGUUAGACUUUUGAGAAAUGAAAAUGUACUUCCUCUUUUGAAGCUCUUGGAUUUUAGAAUGAAUUUUAGUAAUGCUUCUAGCACAUAAAAUAAGCGUUGAGAAUUUUUAGUUUGUUGUCAGGUUUAAAUUUUCUGAUGGCCUUAAACAUACCUGUAUAUAUGUCUUUGCAGUUCUUAAACUCAGCGUUGGGAACAAAUUGGUCCAUGGCUUAUGUAAACACUUGACAAAUAAAUCUAUUUAAAUGUU